UCCGCAAUAAAACCAGCCGCCUGCCGAGCCGGGCACGCACGCUGCCCGCCUCCGUCCGCUCCCUCGCCCCGCUCUUCGGAGGCCCAAAGGCCGUGCGCCUUCGAGCGCGGCUUCGCCGGCAGCGCCCUUGUGGAAUUCCCGACCCCUUUUCUCCUCGCCAUCCCCUUGCCAUUGGAGACAGGAGCUAGACUUUCUUGCGCAGGUACAGGCCCAACCAAGGUUGGGAUGGCGAACCUGACCAGCGCCUUUGCAAGCCUACAAUGCGCAGGGGCGAUGCAUGUCGGCAAAGUGCACAUGCAAGCUUCUGGACUGCCAUUUCUCUCUUUCAGAAGAUGCGCCCAGCUUGAUAUCUCCAGACUAGGUAGCAUGCCUCGUUUCAUGGGUGCAACAUCUGCUACUGUCUCCCAACAACAUGUGAGGCACAGGGUCAGGGCCAUCAGAGCCUCUACUCUCUCGUGCUUUCAAGACGACACCACAAAAUUCUUUGAUUUCGUGGUUAUUGGCAGUGGUGUUGCUGGCUUAAGGUAUGCUUUGGAAGUUUCAAAGCACGGCUCUGUUGCUAUUAUCACCAAAGCCGAGCCUCAUGAGAGCAACACAAACUAUGCACAAGGCGGUGUUAGUGCUGUUCUGUGUCCCUCGGAUUCUGUAGAAAGUCACAUGAAAGACACAAUUGUUGCAGGUGCUUAUCUGUGCGAUGAAGAGACUGUGAGGAUAGUUUGCACAGAAGGCCCAGAGCGCGUCAAGGAACUAAUUGCCAUGGGUGCCUCAUUUGACCAUGGUGAAGAUGGUAGGCUGCACCUUGCAAGGGAAGGUGGACAUUCUCACAACAGAAUUGUCCAUUCUGCUGAUAUGACUGGAAGAGAGAUUGAAAGAGCACUGCUGCAAGCAGUUGACAACGAUGAUAACAUUUCUUUGUUUGGUCACCACUUCGCCAUUGAUCUAUUGACAUGUCAGAAAAAUGGUGAAAUCCAUUGCUAUGGAGCGGAUUCGAUAGACAUCGAAACUCAGAAGGUAGUCCGUUUCAUCUCAAAAGUAACGUUGCUUGCAUCUGGAGGAGCUGGUCAUAUAUAUCCCACAACAACCAAUCCACCGGUAGCUACUGGGGACGGAAUUGCUAUGUCUCACCGUGCUCAGGCUGUAAUUUCCAAUAUGGAGUUUGUUCAGUUCCAUCCAACUGCACUUUCAGAUGAGGGCCUCCCAAUAAAGCCAACCACAAAAAGAGAGAAUGCAUUUCUCAUAACAGAAGCUGUCAGGGGGGAUGGAGGAAUCCUCUACAACCAGUCCAUGGAGAGAUUCAUGCCGCUGUACGAUGAUCGCGCGGAGUUGGCGCCGAGGGAUGUGGUUGCGAGGAGCAUAGAUGAUCAGCUGAAGAAGCGGGGCGAGAACUACGUCCUCUUGGACAUCAGCCACAAACCGAGAGACAAGGUUCUUGCUCACUUCCCCAACAUCGCCGCCGAGUGCCUGCGUUACGGCCUGGACAUCACCCGGCAGCCCAUCCCCGUCGUGCCCGCGGCGCACUACAUGUGCGGCGGCGUCCGGGCGGGGCUGCAGGGGGAGACGAACGUGAAGGGCCUGUACGUCGCCGGCGAGGUCGCCUGCACGGGGCUGCACGGCGCCAACCGGCUCGCGAGCAACUCGCUGCUGGAGGCCCUGGUCUUCGCCAGGAGGGCGGUGCAGCCGUCCAUCGACCACAUGGUGGACGCCGACGCCGGCGCGUCCCUCGCCGCUCGGUGGGCGCGCCCGACGCUCCCGUCGCCGUCGGCGCUCGGGGGCGGCGCGCUGUCGGACAUCGUGUCGCGGACGCGGCAGACGAGGACGGAGCUGCAGACCGUGAUGUGGGAGUACGUCGGCAUCGUGCGGUCGACGGGGCGGCUGAAGCAGGCCGAGUGGAAGAUCGGCGACCUGGAGUCGGAGUGGGAGGAGUUCCUGUUCCGGCGGGGGUGGACGCCGACCAUGGUGGGGAUCGAGGCCUGCGAGAUGCGCAACCUCUUCUGCUGCGCCAAGCUCGUCGUCAAGAGCGCGCUGGCCAGGCGCGAGAGCCGCGGCCUCCACUUCACCGAGGACUUCCCGUACCUGGAGGAGAGCAGGAGGAAGCCCACGGUGAUCUUCCCGGCCGCCGUCCAGGAGCUGACAUGGAGCUCCAAGCCGCUGCAGAGGCAGCUGCAGUGCAAAUAGAUGGCACUGGCAUGCUGCAGAUGCAGUUCAUGGAGCUGGGGCAUGGGGAUUCGUUAAUUUAUCAGAACUGGGUUGAAGUAGCCCGCUUUUUCAUUCGACAGCGAACUCAUAUUCAUCCAGUGAAACUGGAAUGUGAGUAAUAUUCAUCGGUUACAGAGUCAGGCUGAAGUAGCCUGUGUACUUGUGCCAAUCUUUAGCAUUCUUGCCAGUUCCAGCUGUUGUAACUUGUAAAAGAUAUUGUUGGAGCUGCAUUCUGAACCUUAA